CCGCCGUGCCCCACACACAGAACUGGCCCCUCUGUGACAUCAGCCCGGCCCGGGGGCACCGCGGGGCCCUGGGGCUGCAGGUGCCACCUCUGCUCCGGCUCUGCCGCCUGCUGCGCUGGCACCGAUGGCUCUGCUGGGGCUGCUCGUCCUGCUGGGCCUGGCCGGGCCCGCGGGGGGCACCUGGGACACCUGCAGAGGCACCUGCGGGCUCCGGCCCACGGCGUCUGACCACAGCUCUGCUGCCGGCACGUCCCGUGCUGAGGGUGGCACCAGUGUCCAGCCAGGGGCCUGGCCUGGCAUCGUCAGCAUCCAGGCCACCUGGGAGAACGGCACGUGGCACAUGUGUUCAGGUGUCCUCCUCAGCUCCCAGUGGGUCCUCACAGUUGCACACUGCUUCGCCAGGGGCGGAGGCGUCUCCACGUGGGAGGUGGUGAUUGGGACCACAGACCUGACUCAGCCGGGCCCCGAGUCCAAGGUGCGCCACAUCCAGAGGCUCCUGGUGCACCAGCACUACGUGGCUGCCACGGCGAGGAACGACAUCGCCCUGGUGGAGCUGGACCAGCCCGUGGAGUGCAGCGACUACAUCCAGCUGGGCUGUGUGCCCGACGCCUCGCUCAGGGUCUCCGAGCUGAAAUCCUGCUACAUCGCCGGCUGGGAUUUUGCCAAAGCUCAGGGAUCGGGCAUGGUGCUGCGGGAGUCCAAGGUCCACCUCGUGGACACGGAGCUCUGCAACAGCAGCCGCUGGUACGCGGGGGCCGUUCAUCUUGACAACCUGUGUGCAGGGUACCCCCAGGGCAGCAUCGACACCUGCCAGGGGGACAGCGGGGGUCCCCUCGUCUGCAAGGACAACGAAGCCGACUACUUCUGGCUCGUGGGAAUGAGCAGCUGGGGCAGAGGCUGUGAGAGAGCCCGGCACCCCGGGAUCUACACCUCCACUCAGCACUUCUACAACUGGAUCCUGCUCCAGACGGGCCUGAGCCCAGCAGAAAGAGCCAGUCCAGCACCAAAGCCGAGCUGCACCCCGACUCCUGAGCCAGAGGUCACCUUGACUUCUGUGGAGACGCCAAUGCCAGAGCCGGUGCUGGAGCCAGUGCCAGAGCCGGUGCCAGAGCCAGUGCCAGAGCCGGUGCCGGAGCUGGUGCCGGAGCCAGUGCCAGAGCCUGUGCCGGUAACAGAGCCGAUGCCGGAGCUGACGCCAGAACCGGAGCUGGUGCCAGAGCCAACGCCAGAGCUGGAGCCGGUAACAGAGCCGAUGCCAGAGCUGGUGCCAGAGACGACACCUGAGCUGGUGCCAGAGCCGGAGCCGGAGCCGGUGCCGGUGCCAGAGCCAGAGUCGGUGCCCGAGCCGGAGCCAGAGUCGGUGCCCGAGCCGGAGCCAGAGGUGGUGCCCGAGCCGGCACCGAAGCCAGACAUUCCCCCGGUGCCCGGGCAGGAGCCGACGCCAACACCAGAACCGGACAGGCUUCUGCUCAUCCCGGUCCCGUACCGGAGCCUGGUGAAAUUCUGUGACCUGCUCAGGGACUUCCUGCAGUUUCUCAAGGACCGGCUGGGCUGA